AAACCCUGAAACCUAGUGCUCUACAACCUCUCCAGAACUGCCAAGGAACAAUGUCCUUAGUGACUACGCCACCAAAUAAGGCCUUUGCACAUUUAAGGGACAUCAUAAUGGAUUCAGAGGUUCAAGGCAAAAACAAGAACCAAUGCAAAUUGAUCUCCCCAACAUGUGCAGGUGGACAACUUGAUCUAAAGGAUCGUGAUCGGCAUGCAGCUGUAGAUCCACUCUCUAACAAAGGCAGACUUCAACGUACACCGGAAGACAUUGACAAGCAAUACAGGAGUCAAAUACAGUCAAAUAAUCCACAGUCUGUCGAUGCUAUAAAAACUGUGACGGUCAGUCUUCACUGUGACAAUUUAUGUGAAUCACAGAAGCUAGAGGAGAAAGAGGUCAGAAAAGAGUUCCAAAAAGACACUCCUUAUGCCACAAAUCUCAGUAAGGAACUACCACAGUCAAAGUGCUCAUCUGAAACUCAGGUAGACACAUUUCCUAACACUUGUGUAACUGCCGAUAUUGAUCCUAAAAAUAAACUUCCCAGUGUAAAACACAACAAAUGCCAUAUUGAAAAAUGGCUGAAGGCUCAGUGCAAUGUGAGAAACUUUGCCUCGGACAAUACCAAAGAUUGCCAAAUGGCAAACAAUGAAGAGGGGUCAAUGACAGAAAAACCACUGACAAAGUCUCCUGUAACCUUGUUUGACGUACCAAGUGAAAUGAAUAGUAAUGGAUCUUCUACAUCCCAAAUAACACAGGGAAGUAGUGAUGCUAAUAUGAAGAUAUUGGGUGACAUUUGCGGAGAUAUCAUGUCCAGAAAGGGAAAUAACAAAACAUCUAAUUUCAGGCAACCCCAUCAGUUCAGUGGUAGUAGUGUUGUUCAUUGCAAAAAGGGAACGUCCAAGAGGUUCAGAAGGUCCAAAGUCCAGGCACCUCCUAGCUCAUCCUCUGACUCCACACUCAAGUCUUCCUCAGACGAAGAACAGAAAAUAAUUCCCAGGUUGCAUCGAAGCAGAUCUUCAUCAACAAGAAUGAAGCCUGAAUCUCAAACUAAUGGGAAAUUAGAGGUCAGUCAAUGCAAUGGUGCAGCAAUUCCUCCAGUGAAAAGACAAUCACCACAGUCAAAAGACAAUCACAAUAUGGAAGCUUGUACUGUCCAGACCCCGGGUGAAUAUGACGGUAAAGCUGGAGUUGGCAUCAGUUUGGGUAAGAAAGAACACAGCCCCAAUGGACAAUCAGCACAUACUCUUGCAAUGGAGAAAAGGGCCAUUCGGGAGAAAAUCAUGUCUUCCAGUAUCAAAGAAACUGAGAUGUCACACUACACACCAAAGCCUCAGGAUUCGCCAAUGCAUUUUGCCUCCAGCGACGUCAAUCCCUUUGUUCACCAAUGGCAAGAAGAAGAGCCAAACCAAAGGUGCUACAAGAACCAGGUGUUUGGAAGUGCUGCUGACAUAUCUUGCAAAUCCCCCAUGCUGGAUUCCACUGACAAACGCAUCACUAGAUGCUGCAGUGUCGACAACGGUUUAAACGUACAGAACUCUCCUUUCAACUCCCACCUGAGCACUUACGCCAACAACAAGGUACUCUCCAGCACCCUGAGCAGCAUGGAAGAAGAUUUAAAAGGUCAAACGUCCCCCAAAGCCCAUCUGAAAGGAUGUACUAACCAAGCCUCUAGUAUUGACGAUCACAAUCAACCACUGAUCCGGACCAUGAGUUGUAACUCUUCUUCUUGCAAUGAUGUAUCUGGAGAUCCUGGUAACAGCUCUGGCCAGGUAGAUGAGAUCAUGUUGGUCUACUCCUCAGAGCAGGAGUCUCAGUCUAAUGGGUUUCAGAGUCCCGAAACACACACCACAUGUGACCACAGCACCCAGACAACCAUGACUCAAGAAACCACGACUAAGACAACGAUCAACCAUAGUGAUCAACAGAGGAGAAACAACCAUCACAGACGGAGCAGCACUCAGGUACCAGUGUUGCAGAAGAAUACAGAGGCCAGUAGAAAGACCACCACAUGGGCCAGCCUUCAAAACAUGUCUGAGCAUCUCUCUCAGCUGAUACACAACACUUCCGAUCUUCUGGGAAAUGUUCAGGAUAUGAGGUCUGGCGAUAGCUUCAGACAUAGUCCGAUAAGUAUUGUUAAAUCUUCAUCUCAUCUGUACUCCUCCAAAGAUUGGACCAAGAGAGACUGCUCAACGCAAACUGCAGUAGAUAUUGGGAUCCAGACUGAAACUUCAACAACCAUUCAAGAUGAAAUGUUUAUCCACCAAACUCCGUCCACGGAGAGGUCCAAAGCUCAUGAAGUUAAUGUGAUAGUCAAAGUGAUUGGCUCAGAAGUUCUUAAUGUGUCACAAGAGAAAGAGCUCCCCCUUCAACAUCAACUCAAGAACAGGCCAGAUGAUAGGAUUCAGAGCAUUCCUGACCUGCGACUCAAUGGCUCCACUGUUAACCAAAGGUAUAUCUUGGAACCAGAGAGUGUCCCUGACAAAGUGCCUUCUCUGGAGACUGUUGUCCAACGUCACAGCCGUUCAAAUCCUGCCGUUCAUUGUAGAAGCAAUGAGGACUGCAAACCCGAGAGAGUGUCCUUCUCCAAAAGCUUGGGAGUCUCUGAAGUCUGCAAUAAUUUGUCAGAAAUACUCAGACCAGAAAGCCGUAACAUCUUGAGAAGGAGUGACCCGGGAAUAGGCUGUAUAAAACAAGCGAGCUCCACAGAUCGUGCGUGCUCACCCAUUCUCACUGUAGGUCCUAGGGCUGGUUCCAACCAGAGCAGUAGAACGUCUUUACAGACUCUCAAAGAACAACAGAAGUUUGAGAUGCAAAAUAGAAGUAAAGAACACAUUUCGCACCGAAAAGAGUGCCAGUCAACACCUUGUUUAAAUUUCAUCGAGCAGAAAACAUGCAUAUCUUUCACAAAGAAUGAUAAGAUAUCAGGACAUGACUCCCUUCAUCUUUCUGGGAAGCCUUGUGAUAUCUCCACCACAAAAUCAGCGGGAUCAAUAUCUCUCGAGAAUGUGAGUGCCCUCAGCAAUUCAAGCCCAAAAGGGUCUGAUGGACACUCAGAAAGUCUUAGUUCAUCCAUUGAUAAAUACAUCCACAAUGAAACCAGAAUUGUCAGCCACGAAGAAGAAGGGGAAAUGAGCACAUGGCACAAAACCAGCCAAAGUCCAAGAUGUUCUCUUCCUUCUGUUCUAAGCCGUAAUGGAGUCACUUUACUGAACCACACCUCUCUCACCUUCAGGCAGACUGAUGUGUCCAAACAGGAGGAGAAAUCCAUCUCUUCUUUUGGAGAUCAACUAAGCCACAGGAGACAUUCAAUAGAUUACCACCACUGUAGACCAUCAGAGGGCCCAGUAGAGUGCUUCUGUGGUGCUUAUGAUCAUUCCCCUCUCAGUGACAACACCAUCCAGGUUCAGGAGGAUGACAUGGUGUCAUUGGCCCCAAGUGAGUGCAACACAGACGUCCUUGUGAACAUCAACCCAGUCACCCACACUUCCAACUUCCAACACUCCCCACAGCAGCGAGAUGGCCAGUGUCUCCCUGAGGACCUACCGGUGCACAACAAGUUUACCAACUGGUCCGGUAUCAGCCAGCAUCCAUCUGACAGAGGACAGAUUAGUAGUUCAAUGAAACCAGCCAUAAAUCUACCCACUGGUCACAAAGCACAGAGGAACCAGACAGAGUGGUCCAGUCUGAGUCCAGAGUCCACGUUCCAGAAGAUCAGGAAGACGAGGGAGAUAGAGAGGCUGCGUAAGGAGCGAGAGCAGGUCAUGGCUACAGUCCAACUGAACAUGAACCCUCAUCAGCUGACCGUGGAGCUGACUGAAGCAAAGCUACACUACGGUCUGGGAGAGACAGACAUGCUGUUGAAGAUCCUAACAUCUGGAGGAACCAAGGAGGAGGAACCAUCCGCUGUCCCUACUAAACAGCAGCUCUAUGACCGGCACCGGAGCAGCAUCGAGGGUUUGAGGCAGGAGAGGGACACUCGGCUUCAGCACUGUCGUCGGGCUCGCAGCCUCAGCCCCAGCAAACAUAACUACCCCCAUUCCCCUCCUCAAUCCCGAUCCCCUUCUCACCUCCGAUCCCCUCCUCAAAAAGCCAUAUCCUCCUCCAGGGUUUCAACCUUGCCUAGCCAACGCAGAGAGUACCUCCAACAGCUCCGCCAAGAAGAAAUGGAAGGCAGUAGGAUCCCAGAUCCACCCAGAGGAGAGGGUCGUUAUCCCUCUGAGAUAGAGCAGCUGCUGCGUGACUACGGCCGUGCCCGUGAGGAGGCCAGGACGGAAAUAGCGCAUGCAAGGGAACGGCUCCGCGAGAGGACAGAGCAGGAGAAGAGACGUCUCCAGCAACAGGCUCUGUCUCAGGUGGUCAAGGAUGACUUGCGGUAUCGGACCAGAGUCAGCAACAGUACACUAUGCACAGGGUCGAGUCUGAGCCUAUCAUCUGGACCAACCUCUGGCUACAACAGUGGCAACACAGCUCAGCUGAGGGAUGGCAGGAGACCCUCACUGACACAGGAGGUCACUGGAGUCCCGGAUAAUGGUAUAAAUGGGCUGAAGGUCAGGUCUCGCCCUCCCAUCUGUGGUUCUCAGAGUGUGAAGACCCAGCGUGCCUGGCUCUCUGCCCAAGAUGUACGGCUGGAGCCCGGUGUGUCAGGGUCUGACCCUCUGAUGUCAUCCUCACCGUCAUCUCCCACAAGCCUACGCCCGCGCACAGCCUCCUUUGGCUCUGCCUCCUCUAUGUCUACAGCCUAUCAGGACCUCACAUCCUGUCUGCUUGGCCGAGCUAUGGCUGAGGUGCGCUUGGCUGCUGCUGGUGACAUGGGGAACCUAGUAAGGGGGACGGCUGCUGCUGGUUGGAGGUACGAGGGGCUAGAGCGAGGUGUCCAGGCCUUCUACAAGCCCUCCUCUAGUCCGUCAGUGCACUCCUUCCUGGGGGCGGUGGAGCUAGAGAGGCCCCUGGCCAGCCUGUGGAGCAUGGUCCGAGACCACUCCAAGACCCACCUGUACCACAAGGCUAUCCACUCAGCCCGGACACGGCCACUAGAUGACAGCACUCAGCUGGUGUAUCUGUUGACAGACCCGUCAUGCUGCCACCUCAAACAGCCCAGAGACUUCUGCUGCAUCAGCACCCAGUCACGACAGGAUGACUUUUGUGUGCUGGCUGUGCAGUCUGUCUUCGAGGAGUCUCUCCCUCGGCCCAGUGUGGAGGCAAUCCGAGGGGAGAUGUUGCCUAGCGCCUGGGUCCUUCAGCCAAUCACACGCCACGGCCGAGAGGUUGUCAGGGUCAUCUACCUGCUGCAGGUCGACCUUGGCACUCCAUCCUUCCCACAGAGGCUGUUGGGAAACGUGGCUAGGAGACAGGCUGCAGUCCUGGCAGAGCUCGAUUCCCUUUUCUCUCUGUGAGACUGACAGCUGGCCAGGGUCGCGUUCAUUAGUCACCAAAUUGAAGAAAACUGACUGAAAAAGUGAGGGGCUACCUGGACUUGUCCAAUAUGAAAUAAUCAUUUUCGUGUUAUGUUUCAAAACAUUUUGCUACGGGGUGCCUUAAUGAACAGGCCCCAGGUUAAAGGCCACAGAUGUAACAGUGAGCACUUAGACCUAUGUCCGGAAUCUGAUCUGUGACCUGUCUCUCUUUCAAUUUGCACCUGAAUUUAUUUACUUGAUUUUAACCUUAUGAAGAGCACUGAUGACAUUGAUUGUGUGAUACGAAGUAUCAUGCAGCUUUUUUUAUGUACAUUUUUUUUAAAAAUAUAUGUAUGUCAGUACAUAUUUGAGUAUUUUGUGUUUAAAAUGGUUAAUUGUAGAUCUGUGUUUAAUAUGUAUGCUUUUAGCAAUCAUAAUCGUAUCUUGCUGAAGUUUGAGUGGUGUAGACUGGGUGUCAGGGAGGAUUCGAGGGGCUGGCUCCUAGAUUUGACCCAUUCAACAGAUCUUACUGCGUUACUGCAACUUCUGAUCAGAGAGACCCCAGGCUCCUAAAGGUUUACAAUUCCCCAAACGUUUCACAAUAACACUAUAAUAACACCGAUUUAUAUUUCACGCAAAAUGAUGUCUCCUAUUGCCCAUUCCUCCAUUUAAUCUAUCUGUACUUUGAGCCUCAGUUCUACUACUUCCAUAAUUACUGAUUUAUGAUACAGAAUGAUCUGUCUCCCAUUUCACAGGCCUCAGCCUCAGUCCGAACCACUAUAAAGACCAGUUAAUGACAUGAUUCUUAUCUUCUGAAUCCUGUAUGGUAACGUCCCAAGGCACAGCACACUUUACCCACUCACUACCCUUAAAGCUAGAAUCCUUAGUGUCUACAUCAAUUUUCAGACUUCUAAAUGAAUGAUAUAUACCAAUUGAUUUUUGAAGAGUAUAACUUAGAAAUGCCCCAUGGGCUUGGUUCAACUGUCGUACCCCGUCAGAACCCAAAAUAGAAGCUUGUUUUACUCCGAUGUCUGUAAACCAUGUAAAUGUAUACGAACGGCGUGUAGCCUCAAAACGUGAUUAGAACUAUAAUGUUGACAUCACGGAUGGUCAAUCCUUGCAUCCACAGCUCUGGCUAUGAGUUUUAGAGUGGUUACAUUUCUCCAGGCCCAUCCCUCAUCUUUUUACCAAAAACAGAAGCAGGGUGAGCACUUUUUUUAUGAGGGCUAAGGAUUGUAGUCUAACGGAAGAAAAAAAUAUGCAACCACUUCUUUGGGGUAACUGUAAAGCUAACACUAAGUUACAUACUGUAAACUAUAGCCCCAAAACCAUAUAGGCUGAGUCUAUAGGUCUAUAGGUCCUUAUCUGUUUCUUAGUCAGAUUUGUAUGUACCGUACUGUUUUGUUUCUACUGUCUCCCAAUGACAAUGUUAUUAGCGCUGCAUAUAUGCAAUACUGGUAAUUUCACAUAGAGUCAUGUAGUAAACCAUAUGCUUGAGGAUGUAAUGAACAAUGGGUUUUCCUCUGAACGUUGAUUAACAAGACAGCACAAACAGGUCUCUGACCAGGCUAUGAUGGAAGGUGUUCGCAAUGGUGUUGGCGAGAGAGACGACAUAUUAAUUGGUCAAUAAUAGACCACGCCUAUUCAUCUGUUAGUUAGUUGACGCUUCAGGCAAUUCAUGCACUAUUAUUGGAAUCCAACCUUUAAAAAGCCAUAUUAUGUGUUUUGUUGACUGUUCAGGACAUUAUUUUUGCUCUAGUUGUUGUACUGCACAGUGUCACAGUAAGAAGGUCCCCGGGGAAACCAAAGAAGAAGGAACUGAUAUGAAAGAUCUAGUUUCCCCGGGGAUAGAACAAUGAAGUAGCUAACUGACAACCUUUUGUACUGAGUUUUAUUUUUAUCCAUAUUUUUUACAAGUGCCUAUUAUGUGACAUGAAUGUAUAACACCAUGUCAAUAUGUAUAAUUAUUUUGUUUUAUUAUGUUUUUUUUUUUAAAUUACUAUAUAUUCUAAUCCUAAAGAAAUGCAAAUGAGCAUGUGUUAUUUUCCUAUAUAAACCUGACAUAUUUUAAAAUGUGUA